CGCCAACUCUUUUAUGAUUGUUUUGGAUCACUUCGUGUCGUAUGAUGGUCCUCAUCUUUUCAGUUGUGUGUGUGCACUGAGUCUCCUCUUUUAGGCGUUCUGGUUUAAAAUGUUGACUAAAAGUUGAGGGGUGGGGGGUUGGCGGUCAAAACACUGCAAAAGUGUUCGUUCAGGAGAGGAUAGUUUACGGUAUGCUCGGAAAGGACAGCACUUACCGAGAGCUGAACGAUGACGAUGACCACAGCGAAGAAUUGCAGUCACCAGACUUUUUCCACGAUGUCGUGGAAAAGGACGGCGAGGAGCGCAACGAGAGCGUUUUGCCAGAGGACGACUCUCGGGGCAGCACGGCGUCCGUGCGGGUAAGCAAGGCAUGCCUGAAGAACGUGUUCACGGUGGCGCUCAUCUUCAUCUACCUGCUGCUGACGACAGUGGCCGCCUUCCUGGCCUACCAGACCAUCUCCGACUUCCUGGAGAAGCUCAACCAUCCCGUCAUGUCGGUCACCUACAAGGAGGUGGACGCCUUCUCCCCACCCGGUAUCGCUUUGUAUCCCGGCCACGCCCGGCUGCUGAGCUGCCGGCACCACUACCACGACGACAUCCCCCCAUUGGUGGACCCCGGGAAGCCUCAAGAGGGCGACUGCGUCAUCAAGGAGGUGACCUACUACGGGCCCUUCGCCAACGGAACGCAGAAGAAGGCGCUGGUGGUGCGAGGACCUUCGGACAUCCGCAGUAAGGAGUUGAUCUUUAUGCAGUUCAUUCAGAACAAAACGGAGGAGGACUUUAGCGCAAUCCCGUACAUGCUGUUCGCCAAGUUCAGUGAUCUGGAUCACAGUUUAAAUAAAUCUGAGUUCAUGAGGGACUGUGAGAGGAACUACUCCACGUGGACCUUCUCCGGUGGCUUCCGUACGUGGGUCAAGAUGUCCCUGGUUAGGACAUCAGGAAAAAGCAACCAAUCGGUGCAAUUUCGCCAAGAGUCCACUCUGGUAAAAUUCAAUGACAAGCGGCCCGAACCAGAGAGGGGCAACCAGCUUUUCUUCGCCGUCUUUGAGUGGCGGGAUCCCUUUAUGCAAGAAAUCCGACUGAUCGUGACGGCAAACCCGUGGUCGUCGGCUGCCAUUCUCUGCGGCGUCUUCAUGGCUCUCUUCAAGGCGGCCAACUUUGCCAAGCUGACCGUCCAGUGGAUCAUCAGAAUGCGCAAGCGCCAUCUGAGGAACAGGGCCCGCCAACUUGGCACAUAAACUCAACACUAGGGACGUUGAUCAAAAGAACUUUUAACAUCCAUCCAUUUUUUCUGAGCCGCUUCUCCUCACUAGGGUCGCGGGCGUGCUGGAGCUUAUCCCAGCUAUCAUCGGGCAGGAGGCGGGGCACACCCUGAACCGGUUGCCAGCCAAUCGCAGGGCACAUACAAACAAACAACCAUUUGCACUCACAUUCACACCUGCCGCUGAACUUUUAACAUUUAAAAAAAAUAAAAGUGCAGCCCGGUCUGCACAUCACCGAAAUGUUCCGUUGCGCUCGAGAGGAGCGGUUCUUGUGGUCCUUGUGACAUUUCUAAACAAGAUGCAUUUCAUCUCUCGUUACAUAAUUUUGUCCUGGGCGGUAAGUAGAAACAAAUGGACCUUUGUGUGGCCUGUCUAUUAUCCUCACAAUCAAACAUUUCAGAUCCGACUUGUUUCAUAAACCUUCCUGCGAAUGCGUCCCGUGCACAUAAAUGAACAAUUACACUCAAAAUGUUUUUGUAUUUUCUUUCACAAUUCUAACUGUAUGUGUAGAGCUCAUGUCAAUGUCCAACCUGUUGAAUUAAUGUGUUGCUGAUUAUUUUUCAUCUGCUUAUUUAAAAAAAAAAAAAAAAAAAAAUCCAUGUGUCCCAAAUACUCAUCACCAAUUGUCAUCUUUAUAUGGCUAACAGGGAAUUAUUCGCAUUUCUAAAUUUUUUAUUCUGGUGAUCUGCAGAUGAGUUUUGUAGUGUUGAAGCCUUAAAGUCCUGCUGUUGUGUCUAAUUGCAUCAAAGUGACUUGAAUUUAUGUUCGUGUGUGCUUCGUAGCUCAUGUUUUGUGAAUUAUGUGUGGAUAAAAUAUUUUCAUGCCUAAACUUCA